AUGAGCGUCAACAAGUACGCAAACCUUCCUGACAUAGACACCGCACCAGAUGUCUAUGAGACGGAAGACGUGUUUCCUACCACUGCCACGAAAGGUGAAUCCAGCGAUGAAGAGGCACCGUCGAGACCUCCACCACGGACGAAGAACGGAGACGGGAACCUCGAGUUAGAUUCUAGUCAUCUAAUAGGCGCAGAUGAGGCUAGCAAGCGAUUUAAAAAGGCUGAAAGGAGGCGAGCUCACCGGACGGAGUUCACUUAUCCGCCCUCCCCUACGUCCGACACGCCGCCCACCCGCGCGAAACCGCUUUCAUACCGUGACCGUCUGCGAUUGCUUCAAAGCGAGCUGACCACCCUCGAAGCUGAGCUGUCUGAUCCGUCGAAUCCGGCCUUGCAUAAGGAGCGGGAGGAGGAGCACGUCGACCCUGGCGAGCUAAUUCGGGGGCUGGUGGACGUGAAAGGACGGCUAGAGAAGAUCAGUAAGGUAAAGGAGGGGAGAGGGAGGCUCGUGGAGGCUAUCUUGAGGGACGAGAAUGACACCCACGAGGACCGGGACAACGAGAAGGACGCGAAGGGGGAGAAGGAUGGGCAGGAGAAAGGGAAGGGAUUGGAUGUAAGAAACGUUGCAGAGAUGGACAAGAGGGUCGGGGAGCUGGAAAAAAUCAUCGGAUCUUCUACCACUUCUCUGGAUGAGACAUCACCUCUCCCGCCGCCUCUUUUGCCUAUGCUCACUCGUCUCAACGCCCAACUGACAUUACUAACUCAACCCCGCCACAUUGAUUCCAUAUCUCGCCGCCUCAAACUCCUGCUCUCCGAUCUCGAGCGAACCUCGCAUGGUCAAGGCCACGGAACCUCUACAUCCCGUAAGCCCCACCAUCCCCAGCAACAACCUACUGCUCCGGCACAACCCGUUAGUGCCUCGCCGCUGCUCGAACAGCUCACGCCCCUCCUCACGCGUCUCGCACCCAACCUGCCUCACAUCCCUCAUAUUUUGACGCGGCUCCGGACGCUCAGCGCGCUGCACACCAGUGCUGCGGAAUUCCAAAGCACGCUAGAGAGUUUGGAAGAGGAUCAGCGCAAGGUAAGGGAGGCGCUGGAGGAUUUGAGUAAGGCGGUGACGACUGUUGAGAAGAGUUUGGAGGAGAAUAGAGGAACUGUUAAGGGGAAUGUACAGGGGCUGGAAGAUAGGGUCGAAGGCCUUGUGAGCAGGCUCGAAGAGCUCAGCCGGUAA